AACUGUGCCAAGAAGAACACCCUGCCCCCUAAGUAUGGCACACAAUGUAAAGACAAAGACUUUGUUACAACAUCUGAAGUGAUUGUUCCAUUGACACCUUUACCAAGCAGGCAGCAAUGAGGCUGUUAAAGAAAAAUAAAGUGCACCCACUGUGCAUAACUAAUCACCGGAGGGGCAGAGCACCGGCACACCACUCCCUCACUGGUAUAACCCUAACAAUGGAGUGACCAAUUAAAUGUGAGACCGAAAGCAGCCAGCCUCCUGAUUUAUAACCACAGGAAUGUGGGUUAUGACUCCAGACCCAGCAAGAGCUCCCCCCUUAGAUUGAGAAGGAGCGCGUCACUGGACUGGACAGCCAAGUCACAGUGAUGGGAAACCACUGAGAAGGUGAAAGCUGGAACCUAAGGGCACAAACAAGCAGGUUCUGAGACCAGACUGUCUAACCAGGAAUAAAAAAAAAAAAAAAAAGAACUGUAAAAUCCUGAGAAAUUAUAUUCAACAGAAUUUGCAUUCUAUAAUCUGGAAGUGGGCAGGAACACUUACCUGAAAUAUUUUUCAAAAGAAAAGCUAAUUCCUGGGAUUUUUAUCUCUGCUGGCACAUUCAUCCCACCAGGUCAGUCAAGCAACAAGACAGUAUCGCAGUACUGAAAUUCACGCAGGACGCCACCACAGAUAACGGGUACCAUCAAUUACAAGCUGCAGAAUACGUACUACCUUCCUUCAUCCUGGAUGUUGGUAUUUCUUUGACAAGGGAUACACAAGGUGCAUCAGGUUUCCGACCAACUAAAAAUGGUGCUGCAGGUCAGCACAGAUCGAGAGGAGGAUUCUCACAGCAGGUCCCCAAGAUGUACUCUGCUCAACUCUUGUUCUCAUCGACUGGUAACUAAAGAUGGACACAGCACCAUUAAAGCUGUUGGGAUCCAGGGGCAGGGACUGUCAUACCUGCGUGACAUUUGGGGGCUACUGCUUGACAUGCGCUGGCGUUGGAUGAUGUUGGCCUUUUCUGCUUCUUUCCUGGCACACUGGCUCCUUUUUGCUGUUUUUUGGUACCUCUUGGCUGAAAUGAAUGGGGAUCUGGCCCUGGACCAUGAUGCCCCACCAGAAAAUCACACCAUCUGUGUAAAGUACAUAACUAGCUUCACUGCUGCUUUUUCAUUCUCUCUGGAGACGCAGCUCACCAUUGGAUAUGGCACCAUGUUUCCAAGCGGAGAUUGCCCAAGUGCUAUUGCUCUGCUAGCUGUACAAAUGCUGCUUGGACUCAUGCUGGAGGCCUUUAUAACAGGUGUUUUUGUGGCAAAAAUUUCAAGACCAAAGAAUCGCACUCCAUCAAUAAUCUUCUCACGGCUGGCAGUGGUGGGCAGUCCAGAAGGAAAACCAUGUUUAAUGUUCCAAGUGGCAAACACACGCCCGAGCCCCUUGACCAUGGUUCGAGUCAGUGGAAUUCUCUACCAAGAAAGAGGGGAUGGCCAAAUCCAGCAGAGCAGUGUGGACUUUUUACUGGACGGUCAGAAUGGCAGUGUGGAGUGCCCCUUCUUCUCCUUCCCACUCACAUAUAAUCACAGUCUAUCUCCUGGGAGCCCUCUGGCAGCUUUAUUGCAACGUGAAACUUUAUCUUCUUCAGGUCACUUGGAGCUUGUGGUCUGUCUAUCUGCUACUCAGGAAGGCUCAGGGGAAAUAUGCCAAAGUCGUACUUCUUAUCUACCAAGCGAGAUACUUCAAGGACACCGCUUUGCACCAUGUCUAACACGCCGACCUGAAGGAGGGUACCGCAUCUGUAUGGAAACAUUUGGCCGUCCACUCCCCGAGUUGCCACAAGCCUCACACAGACAGUCCUACAGAACUGAGCUGGAAGUCUGUGCAAAUGGGCAAAGAGGGGACACCUUUCAAAUCUGCGAGACUGGGCUUGGAGAGUAAAACUAUUUACACCAAUGACUUUCCUUAGUCCCUUCAGCCAUCCUCAUUCCGAUAACCAUGCUGACGCUUCUCUCCAAAGGAAAUUCACACAGGAAAUGAGGGUGCUAUCAUCAAGGCUCUUAAAGACUGUUCUGUUAUACCUUACUAGAGAACACCAUGCUCUGUAGCCCCGAUGUUACAACAGGGGUCUGUGGGACUCUGCCCACUUGAUAAUGUAUAACUGUACUACAGAAUUGCUCAGGGGAGUGACAGCACUCCAAGAAAAAGGCAGAGUAGGCUUAAGAGAGCUGUGCGCUGACAGUGGACUAGCACUUAUAAAUAAAUGUACAGCCAAGCAAGCCAACUCAGACGCAAAAGUGCAAAUGGACACAUUUGGAAAAAGGCAAGUCAGAUUGUUCAUAUACAGGAAGGGUUUUGUUUUAUCAGAUUGUCCUUUAAAUGUGGAGUGCUCUGUAUUUAGCAACACAAGACGGUCGAUACACUUACACAGCUCAAGAAGUGCAAGAGGUAGACAGUAGAUGAGUGCAGGUACAUUUAUAUAGGGAAAACACAUGCAUGCUUCCUUGGCACCCAGUAGUAAAGUAGUACACAUUUGUAUACCAUAAAGACAGGCAUAUAAUGCACUCAUGCAGGUGAGGAAUAUGCUCAAGUACACACAUACUCGCAUGGCCUUUUUAAAAGAAUCAGACUUUGCACUUAUAGGAAUCGCUGUACUAAUCCCUAACAAUUCGUGGCUGGCAGAUUAUGAUAGCAGAAGGGAGCACAGACCAAGAGAUGCUUUUUCCUGGGCAGGAAGAGUGAAAGGAACUGCCGAAAGGUUAGCCAUGCAAUUCCCAUUCAAUAUAUUUGUGACAAUAAACAUGAAUAAACUGUG